UUUCCGAGAGCUACGGCUAAUGAAGAGGAAUUUAAAAGAGUCUUGAAUGAACAGAAUGAAGUGUUAGAAGUGUUUAUGAGCGAAGAAGAGUAUAAAAAGAUUAUGGGCGAACAUGUGUAUGAGGAAUAUAAACAAUUGGGUGACGAUAGACAGAUUAAUUAUAUUGAAAAAAUAGUAAAAGUGAAGCAAUUAGAAGAAUACUUGAAGCUGAACAAAUUAGAUACAUACUUGGAGCAAUUAAAAGAUAUGAGAGAAAAUGAGAAUAUGAAAGGUGGCCCAGCUGUUAAUCGUCCAUGUCACAUGAUUAACGAGGCUGAAGUUUGUAAAAUUGAUGUUUGUAUGUUUUAUUUUAUUCUAUUUUUAAAUAUUGGAUGA